AGGGGAGCGAAGAAAGAGAAAGAAGGAGUGGAGAAGAAGGAAUCUCACCAAUUGGCUAUUGGGUCUGUUGAAUUAGAGACCAGCUUAUGAAACAAUGCUUGCUGUGAUAUUAUAAAGACACAAUUACCGACCCAAAAGAUUCUAUCUCUUUUCAAGACCUCAGCCAAUUACGAACUACCAACACAGAUAAUUUACAUCUAAGUUUUCUGAUAUUGAUGCUUCCAACGCCAGUUAGCAUGGAUAUCACAGAGUUCCGAAAGAGAGGGAAAGAGAUGGUGGACUACAUUGCGGAUUACUUCGAGCAGUUAGAAGAGAGACAGGUCUAUCCUGAUGUGGAACCGGGAUACCUGAGACCCCUCAUUCCAGACUCUGCACCUCAGGAACCUGAGAGCUUUGAGGAUGUCCUUAAAGAUGUUGAAAGGAUAAUUAUGCCAGGGGUGACCCACUGGCACAGUCCAUACUUUUUUGCCUACUUUCCUACAGCCAGUUCCUUCCCAGCUCUUCUUGCUGAUGUAUUGUCUGGUGGCAUAGGAUGCAUUGGCUUCUCCUGGGCUUCAAGUCCUGCUUGCACAGAGCUGGAGACAGUCAUGCUGGAUUGGCUGGGAAAGAUGAUUAAUUUGCCUGAAGAGUUUUUAGCUGGGAAGGAUGGAGAAGGUGGAGGAGUCAUUCAGGGCAGUGCCAGCGAGGCUACUUUGAUUACAUUGCUUGCUGCCAGAACAAAAACAAUCAGACGUGUCCAAUCAGAAAACCCAGAAUUAACAGCGGCAGACAUCAUGAGCAAGUUGGUGGCCUAUGCAUCUGAUCAGGCCCACUCAUCAGUAGAAAGGGCAGGAUUAAUUGGUGGAGUGAAGAUUAAAAAUAUCCCUUCAGAUGAUAAAUUCACUGUUUGUGGAUCAGCCCUAAAGAAAGUUUUGCAUGAAGACAGAGCUGCUGGUCUUAUCCCAUUCUUUUUUUGUGCAACACUCGGAACCACACCUUGUUGCUCCUUUGACAGACUGUUAGAACUGGGUCCUAUUUGCAAUAAGGAGAAUAUCUGGAUGCAUAUUGAUGCAGCAUAUGCAGGGAGUGCUUUCAUCUGCCCUGAAUUCCGACAUCUCCUAAAUGGCGUGGAGUUUGCAGAUUCAUUUAACUUUAACCCGCACAAAUGGCUCCUAGUGAAUUUUGACUGCUCUGCUAUGUGGGUGAAGAAGAGAUCAGACUUAACAAAUGCCUUUAAAUUAGAUCCUCUUUACCUGCAGCAUUGCCAUCAGGAAUCUGAGCUUGUUACAGAUUACAGGCAUUGGCAGAUCCCUCUCGGCCGAAGGUUUCGUUCCCUGAAAAUGUGGUUUGUGUUUAGAAUGUAUGGAGUCAAGGGACUACAGGAGUACAUCCGUAAGCAUGUAAAACUGUCACAUGAAUUUGAAAACUUGGUACUUCAGGAUAAACGAUUUGAGAUCUGUGCUGAGGUCACACUGGGACUGGUAUGCUUCCGACUAAAGGGCUCCAAUGAACUGAAUGAGGCACUUCUUAAAAGCAUAAAUGAAGCCAGGAAGAUCCAUCUGGUUCCGUGUCACCUGAGAGAGAAGUUUGUGCUACGUUUUGCCAUUUGUUCCCGCACAGUGGAAUCUGUCCAUAUCCAAUUUGCCUGGAAGCACAUCUCAGAGCUAGCAACUGAACUUCUGAAUGCAUAGGACAAGCAGCAGCAGUGAGGAAUGGGAGUGGGUUAAAGGGUGUUAAUUGAUUUUCUCCAUGCUGCCAAGUUUUCUUUAAUGGGAGGGGGAAUUAUGAGGGGGGAAAUGUAACUAUUGAUAUUAUACUUGCCAAAUUACUGUCAGCAAAUUGUGUUGUAACAUGGUCUCCUGACUGCAUUAUACCAUGAUUAUGGCCCUGUAAAAAUCAGGGCUGUAAGGAGUUCUAUAAAUGGCUUUAACAGUUUGUUCUUGCCUAUGUAGACAGGACCAAAUUACCUUAUUAUAACACAGUUGAAGCACUAUCCUGUUACAGGUCUAUUUGUUACCAUGGUAGUUUUGCAAGUGGCCCUUUAAAACAUCUGCUUUCCUUGGUGGUGGCAGAGCCAAUGGUAAGAAAAGGAAUUAGAGAAACUCUAAUAGCUCCUAAUGUAACAAUUUUCUAUAUAGAUUCCUCUACCUUCCCUUAAAAAGGGUAAGCUUUGGAGACAGCCAUCCUCUUAAAAUGCAAUAUUCUGCAUAUUGCUAAUUCUAUUUGCCUACACAGGUACUUCUGUGCCCUACAUCAGUGUAGUAUCUGACUGCCUAACUGGUGCUGCAAGUAAGUAGGGAACUAGAAACACUUUUUAACUGAGGAAUAGGCACAUUUUAUUUGGAUUUGACUUCAAUAAUAAAAUGUUUAUAGACCUGAUGUCACUGGAAUGUGUGCUGGCCUUUUGGCAGGUAGAAGAACCAACUCAAAGCUUUAAAUAGUGAAAACAAUAGGUAUUUAAUUUUAAAGGGGUUUGUUCUCCUGACUACUUGAACAAAGAAAGGGAAGAAUAGACUGUUUCCUCACUCCCACCCACCCUCCCCACACACCACCACUUCCCACAGUGUAAUUCUUUGAACAUUUAAGAAUCCACUCCACUUAGAUGAAAAAUUGACCUAAAUCUAGAAAGCCCUGCUCAGUCCAACUAGCUGGAUGGGGUGCUGGGAAGAAGCAGGAGUGGAGGAACCCACAGUGCUCCCCUGAGCUGAAGUAUGCUCUAGGUAUCCUUACAUUGCCUGUACCCUGUCUGGGAAGGGAGAACAGGAGAAUCUGCACGGCCUGAGACCAUUUGGCCCUUUCCCCAGGCACCCCAUUCCCUGCUCUCUUUUUCUCCUUGGGGUACAUAUCCCCUCCACACCCUUCCCACUUCCUCCCUGUACCUGGAUCUGCUGCCAAUGAUCCUACUGUGGCAGUGCUUUAAAUGUUUCUGUUGAUUUGAUAGACUUUAUGUUGAGAGACGUCCUACAAAUUGGUAGAAAUGUUUUAAGUGCGAGUGAUGUAUUAUAAUUAAUUUACAUUGAAAUGAUUUUUAAAAAAUCAUUAACAUCUCAUAAUAUUGAACAGCAAAAUUAUUAAAGUAUGAAUUUACUUUACAAACAUGUACUCAAAUUGUAGAAAUUAUAUAAUUUCCCAGACUGGACUGUGAAAAUAGUCUCGUCGGUUUUGUUCUCAUAUUCUCAUGUACCAGCACAAUGCUACUGUUCUGGGAUUUCUAACAUAUCAAGUACAUGUUUUACAACCAAUGCUACUUUCUUCUAUUAAAAGAAAAAAAUUAAAUCUUGAAAACAAAUGUUAGGUUCACACAUAUUUAAAAACAGAAAAAGUAAAGAUUAUACUUGAGCCUAACAUAAAUCUAUAUCACACUUACAGCAAUGUAAGUCUCAAAAAUUCAUUUGCUCUGAAGUCACAUAAAAGACCAUUAAUUACUAUGUAUCUUUGGGGCAUUGUCCAUCAUAUACAUUAUUAUUAAUGAUUAUAAGGGGAUUGGGCUGUCUUUGAAUUAUAUUUUAUGUUGAAUUAAAAAAAAAAUCAGUCUACUCCAUAGUGAUACAUCUUGAAAUAUUGUGUAAGGAUUUCAUGUGUGAUUGAAAUCUGUGCACUACCUGACACUUUUCAUGAAAUCAGUACACUCCCUCUGUAUUUCUAAAUUCAUUUCUGAGGAAACGAUUUAUUUGAAGAAUAAUCUGUAAAUUGAAGAUAAUUCCACAGAAAUCAGUGGAGUUGCCUGGGUUUACUACUGUCACUGAAAUUAAAACCUGUCUGUCUCAUAGUAACUGAAUGGGAAGUGCAUAAUGGAAAGGAACACUGCACUGAUGGUGAGUUUUUACUAGACCGGAUCGGAAAAUUUCUGACAAAAUGAAAUUUCAUUGAGAAACAAAUACAUUUUCACCAAAAAGUUGUUUCCAUGCAGCUCUAAUCCAAACACGAAGUAAUCAUUUUGAAAAAAGUAUAGCCAUUUUUAUAACUGAAAUACUCUAAAUAUAGUAAAAAAAAUUUAAUUUUAAAAUUAAUAAGAGAUUUUGCUCCAAUUGCUUUUUUUAAAACAAGAAGUGAAGGGUCUGUAGAUUUACAGUGCCCCUAACUUAGCAGCAAGCAGAAAUCUGGGUUUCAUAUUUACUUGUUUCUAAAUUCCAGGGGUGAGGUGACUUGUUAUAGUUCAUAAGGAAAUGGUGAAGGCUUUUUUUUUUUACACAUCUUCCUGUGCCCUAUUUUCCCUUGGAAGGUAAAGGGUGGGUAGUUAAGGGAGGUAUAAUUGUUGCCUUAAAGUGUUGACUUUAUUGAAAAAAAAUACUCGGCCAUGUAAUCCAGUCAAGAACAAAAGCAUCAUUUGUGAAAACUAGGUGAUUAGAAGAAACACCAUAACCAUGGUGUUCCUCUUAUGCAGCUAUAAAAUCUAUUUGUGGGUGAAAUGGCUUCUGGAAACCAAUGUUAGGUCAAUGUGUGAACCCAGAUCCAUUGUGCCUUUUGUUCAAAAGCUGACACAAUUUGUGUUGAUUCAUUUGUUUAACAUUGAUGAUGACUAUGAAGCCUAACAACAGCACUUUAGCAGAAUAUCCAAAUUCCACAGGAUAUAAUGUAGCUGCUAGAUGAGGGGAAAAAUAAAAUUAAUCAGGCAAUUUUGAAUAACUUUGCAGAUUUUUCUUAGCUAGUACAAUAUGUACAUUCUUACUGUGAUAGUAGAUUAAAAUAUAUUUAAUUACUGAUUCUAAAUCACUGAUUAUUGCUAAUAUGUAAUACACUUGCCUGCAUUAAAAUUAUUACAGUUCUACUGUUUCCCUCUUGCCUUCUAGUACUGGAUUCUGUUCAUCAGUUAUUUUUCUUUGUUGUAAACUGCAAAGGUACCAUAUUCUGUGAGUGUUAUCAAUAGUACUCUUCCCCCCAUCCCUCCAGUUUGUCUUCUAUAACUGUGUUCUAAACCAGCUAGACACCCUUACACUUGAAAUGCUCAAGGACAGGGGCUAAAACAUACAAGUGAGAACAAAAAAGUUGAAAAAUUGAAGGUAAGGGGGAAACUAGAAUAACAUAAAUGAUGGCUAGUGCCUAACUUGAAUACCUGGCGUCGCUUGACUUUGGUUGGAAAAUGUUUAGAUUCUCUGUGUCUUUUUGUUGUAUGUUUGUGGUUAGAAAGCUUCUUUUACUUGAAAUCUGUAUCCAAAGCCUGUUAACCAAACAUGCAGAGCUUAUUGACAACAUUAAUAAACAAAAUGAAGUCAU